GUUUUCAGCCCCCAGAAAGAAAGAAAGGACACGUUGAGCUACUCCGUACAGGGCCACUGUGUGGCAGCACCGAAUCUUGCCAAAGCUUGGGCCAUGAUGGAGGCCAGAACAGUGCUAUCAAUUUCUGAGCAUUAUCAGUGUGACACAGCCAGAGGUGACCUUGUGCAGGAGCUAGCAUUUGAGAUGGGAAAAAUCUCAAAUGUUUCAGUCCUCUCAGAAGUCUGUGACACGAUUGUGACAGGAGAAAGAAAAUUCUUGGGUGAAAAUAUACCAGUGACACCAUUAAGAAAUAAAACUUGCCAAGAAUACUUGAUCCAAAACCACUACGUACUGAAGCCUCUGUCUAAAGAUGAAGCUACCUUCCCUUUGGCCUAUGUCAUGGUCAUUCAUAAAGACUUUGAUACAUUUGAGAGGCUUUUCAGGGCCAUCUAUAUGCCCCAAAAUGUCUACUGCGUCCACGUGGAUAAGAAGGCACCAGCUGCUUUCAAAGAGGCUGUGGGAAGGCGACUCAGCUGCUUCCCAAAUGCUUUCCUGGCUUCAAAGCAAGAAUUUGUGGUCUAUGGCGGGAUCUCCAGACUCCAGGCUGACCUGAACUGCAUGAAGGAUCUCAUGGCCUCUGAGGUCCCGUGGAAGUAUCUCAUCAACACCUGUGGGCAAGAUUUCCCCCUGAAAACCAACAAGGAAAUCGUUCAGUAGCUGAAAGGAUUUAAAGGGAAGAAUCUAACCCUAGGAGUGCUGCCCCCAGCUCAUAUUAAAAAAAGGACCAAGUAUGUGCAUUUGGAGCAGAGAUUCCCACUGGUUUCCUUCAUCCUGGGGACUUGGAUAAGAAAAAACCCUUCUCCUCAUAGUCUGACCAUUUACUUUGGUUCUGCCUAUGUGGCCCUUACAAAGGAAUUUGCUAAUUUUGUUCUUGAAAAUCAGAGGGCCCGUGAUCUUCUUGAGUGGUCAAAGGACACCUGUUCUCCAGAUAAACAUUUCUGGGUGACACUAAAUCAGAUUCCAGGAAGCUGGGGCGCAGGCACAGUUACCAGCCUUCGGCUGGAAAAAGGGGCCGGCUCUGAAGCGAUGACUUGCCGAUCGAUCGGUCAGGUCACCUCACCAGCUAGUGAUUUCACAGUAGGGACAGAAAGCCUCAUCAGCAUCUGA